GAAUCCAAGAGGCACAGUUUGAGGACUUGGCUGUGGUGCUAUUGUACUAUGUACAGAAUGCUGCCGUCUUCUGCCGUCAACAAGUGGAUGUUACCCAAUAUACUUUGGAUUUUUAUAAAACAAAUUUCACCCAAUCUCUAGUUGUGCCAGGACUAGCGAACGAAACGAAUGGGGAACAUUUAGAAGAAUUUAUUGAAGUCGUGAACCUUACCUAUGUCCCUGUUGAUGAAGACGAGCAUGAACACGAUGAAAAUGAAGUUCUAAUUUUCGAGGAAGAGUGUUUGGCUGCCGAUGUAAUUAUUAAUUACCUUGGAAAUGGCACAGAAACUGUUAAAGAGGAUCAUUUCCAUGAAGUUGCCGCUUUAUUAAUUUACCAUUUCUUUUCAAGUUCAGAAAUAAAACAUAAGUGUCGUCUAUUACCAAAGAAAACAUUUUUUAUUGACGAACUUUUCGAGGCCUUUCAUAGUGUUAACAACACAUUAAGCAAAGAAGAAUUCAAAGAAUUAUUAACAAAGUUGGCUAUAUCACCAUCUGCAACCGUAGAAGAUGCACAUAUUCAUAACGAAAGGAAAAAGAGAAGUACAAGAUCAGAGAAUAUCAAACGGUCAAAACGUGCUGUGGAUGAACACGAUGAACACGACCAUGCUACAACCAAGUCAUGUUAUAGUGCAGACCAGCUAUUAACUAUAUUUGAUGCUACGGCACCAAUAUCUAAAACAGACUUUACCGAGCUUUGUCCAGCUUUAAUCUAUCAACAAACAUCGGAGGCGUGUAAAGCUACUACUGAUCAUGAUGAUGCUCAAACACCAACAGAAGCAGAACGUUAUGGUUAUUCGACUUUAGCGGUAUUCAUUAUUACCUUGUGUGCUCUAUUCGGCGCCAUCUUGUUUCCGUUUAGUAAAAAUAGAUGUUAUGAUGCUUUUAUGGCCGUGUUUAUGGGUUUAGCUGUUGGUACAUUGACUAGUGACGCCUUACUUCAUCUGAUACCAGAGGCUUUUGGCAUCCACAAGCACAGUGAGGACGACGGCCAUGACCAUGGGUCCGGUGAAAUAGUUAUUGAAUCUUUUGUAUGGUAUGCCUUCGCUGCUAUUGGAAGUAUCUAUGUGUUUUAUCUCCUAGAAACAAUAUUCGGAAUGGCUGGACAUUCUCAUACUUGGCCGAGUGACGACGACGACGACGAAGACAAAGUUGGAAAAGAAAGCACAAGUAAUGGCGUUGGAAAAGAAAGCACAAGUAAUGGCGUUGGAAAAGAAGGCACUAAUGUUGGGAACUGGGUAAAUGAACCGAAGAAGAAGAAGAAAAAUUUAAAUCACCUUGCCCUCAUGAUAAUUAUCGGUGAUGGUAUACAUAACUUUGCUGAUGGUUUAGCUAUAGCUGCUGCUUUCACACAGAGUUUAACUGAAGGUGUUGGUGUUACUAUAGCUGUAUUUUGUCACGAAUUACCACAUGAAUUAGGAGACUUUGCUGUUUUAUUACAAACAAAGAUGAGAUUUAGAAAUGCUGUUUUCUGGAACAUGGCUUCCGCGUUAACCAGUUUUGCUGGCCUGUAUAUUGGAUUGUCUGUGGCUACAGAUCCACUUGCUAGACAAUGGAUAUUUGCUGCAACGGCUGGCAUGUUUAUUUACAUUGCUCUAACCGACAUAUUGCCGAAGUUAGUACAUCCGCCAUCAAUGACCAUAUUUAUCAUGACAAAUGUUGGAAUAUUGAUCGGAGUAACUGUUAUGAUUUUACUCUCAAUUUUUGAAGGCCAUAUUAAAAUAACAUAGACGUGUCUAGUUAGACGUGUGUUGAAACUCGGUGUUUUGUUAUUCAAAUUAAACAUUACUUUGCUUUGUUUUCAUUUUUAGCCGUUAUCCUUUUAACCCGCAGAGCGCUCGGCACGCCUCAGAAGACUCCAGUACCCUACAUCUAGCCUCGGCUGUAUGACGAAGUCCGCCAUUGGAACUACUUUCAAGUUCCCGGUUUACCAACUUUUCUUUGAAGAAUAUUUUAUCAUACAAAUAUUUCAAAGUCUGAAACUGUUUUUCUUUCAAGUUUAUCCAAUUUUCUUCAAACAAGGACAACUUUGCAAUGAAACUUCUACACACGCUUCGAACGACGCAAUUUUGAUAACUUCUUUUUAACGCGGCAUGUUUUCCUAAUAAGUAAACCGCUGCCGCAUCGCAAUUGUAUAGGCGUAGGUACAUAUCGCCGCCAUACAGCUAGAUGUAGAGUAACGGAAUCUGCCGGGGCUUGCCGAGUGGUCAAUAAAAUCACGAACGGAAUAGGUUAUAUUUUCUCAUACACAGAGACAGUGACCACAACUGGGUGAUUUCAGUUGUUUUGAUUGUCGACAUAUCUUCUCGUAUAUAAAACGACGAAUUUAAAGGUAUUGACAUUUUAUUUCAUUAUUUUAAUGACAUUUUACACUACUAGAUGGCCCGAAUUUAGCAAAAUACUAGCAAUUUCUUAUUGAUUAUCUCCCUUACAUGUUGUGGGUCCAAGACAAAUUAUAUUUUGAUCCGACCGUGGCAGACAUUGCUACGUUCAUUUGCAAUGGAUUUGUUUUAGAAUCGUUGCAAUAGUUAUACAUUAUUGAUUAUGUUUGAUAAUGCCUUGCCGUGUAAUUUAUUAAAAUUUUAAAUAUUGUGACUUAUAGUCCUUUUAAUAUUAUUAUUUAUUUAAAGAAUAGUAAUUAGAUAAGGUUUGGUCUAUAUGAAUUUGUUUAUCUCGCCAUUCUGGGGUAUUUGUGAACCCUGAUUUAUUGCAAGACCGAGUGCGACCAAAAACUGUUUUUUGGGGUUUUUUUUUUAUUAUUAUAUUAUUUACGACAAUCUGAUUAAAAUACAAAUCUAUAUUUCGUUUCGUUUUUAUACUUUCGAUGGCCUACACUACAUGAAGAUCUGACUAAUUGUACUGGGAGGUCACGUCAGAGUUCAUACGAGCGGCUUUUGUCCCUAUAGCGCCAAGCAUUGAUUAAUCAAUCAGCGUUGACUUUUCUAGAAGUUUACCCACAGUUCUGUGCAGAGCACGCCAAGAACUCGCCGUAACAGAUGGUUUCAUUGGCUAAUUCCUCACAUCAAAUAAGAACACAGGUUAUAUAACAACUCUUCCAGAUCCCAGUGUAGUAAAGAGGCGUAAAAUGAAAUUUUGAACUAUAAAAAAACGAAAUGAAAUAGGAUCUGUGUUUUAAUCAGAUUGUGUUUACGAUUGAUCAUUUCUCGAGUAAUAUAUUUAUUUUGUAUUGUAACAUAUUUAUUAUUCUAACAUGGUUAUUUCUAAAUAAAAAUAGUAUUUUCUUACCAUCGUUGCUGCUGUUGCUGUUAACAUCUCUUAGUUUUCACACCAACUAUCCUGUUUGUAAGAAGCGCUCCCGUUAACCUGUCAAAUCAGUACGACGCUAAAACCAAUUUUAUUUCAUAUCAUGUAAUUAAGCAAAAAUAAAUUAGAAUUUGUAAUAUUGUCAGGCAAAAUAAGCCAUCUAGGCAAAAUUUUUUAAUAAACUAUUUUUUGACUA